AUGGAUAAGUUUGUGACACGGAACGAAAAGAAAACGGCGGAUUCGGCACCAGCAGAGAAAAGCAACACAGGCAGUGGAUCUAAUCCACCAAAAAGCCAGCCGAAAAGAAAAUAUGAUGAGGCAUAUCUUAGUCUUGGAUUUACGGUUGGUGUGGUGGGCGCAGAUGAGAGACCUAUGUGUGUUCUCUGUCUCAAAACGUUAGCAGCAGAUAGCAUGAGGCCCAACAAAUUAAGACGACAUCUAGAGACAAAACACCCCAAACACAUUAAUAAGCCGCUUGACUUCUUCCGAAGAAAACUCUCUGAAUACCGCCAGCAGGAAAAUCAAAUGAUAAAAUCUGCAGCAUUUAACAGAAAUGCUCAAAUGGCUUCUUUUAAAGUUGCGCACAGAAUUGCUCAGUGCAAGAAACCACACACGAUAGCUGAGCAGCUCAUUCUCCCCUCUGCUAUAGAUAUGGUGUCAAUUAUGCUGGAUGAGACGAGCGCUGCCAAAUUAAAAGCAAUACCCCUGUCAAACGACACAGUUGCACGACGAAUACGCGACAUUUCAGAUGAUCUUGAGGACCAACUCAUAGAAAAACUCAGAGACACACGAUUUGCACUGCAAGUUGAUGAGGCUACAGUCAGCAAUAAAGAUUGUUUGUUCAUUUCAUAUGUCCGCUUUAUACAUUCGGAGUCAGUAAAAGAGGAUUUGCUGUUUUGCAAAUAUGUCCAAACUAGGGCGACGGCUGACGAACUGUUUAAGAUUCUUGACAGUUACCUCAUAGAACAUGAUCUGAAAUGGGAAAACUGUUUAGGCUUUUGCUCCGAUGGUGCUCAGACCAUGGCAGGAAGAAGAAAAGGACUGCAGGCACUAAUAAAGAGGGUCGCUCCAAAAGCGCAAUGGACACACUGUGUUAUUCACAGGGAGGCGCUCGCAUCAAAGCAGCUCAGCUCCGAACUAAACGAGGUCUUGACGGAUGUUGUGGGCAUGGUCAAUUUCAUCAAAACCCGAUCCCUAAAAGCGCGAAUGUUCUCGGCACUGUGUGAGGAGAUGGGAGCCGAUCAUACAGCUGUGUUAUUUCACAGCGAGGCAAGGUGGCUGUCCCGAGGCAAAGUGUUGUCACGGGUCUUUGAGCUUAGAGUGGAGAUUCGGGCCUUUUUGGAAGAGGAACGCAUGUAUGAUGCUGCAGGCAAGUUCAGUGAUGAACAAUUUCUGAUGAAACUGGCCUAUCUUAGCGAUGUAUUUGGAAAGCUGAACGAAUUAAAUCUUCAACUUCAAGGCAGAGACAAGCACAUACCUCACCUAGCAGACAAGAUCACUGCAUUCAUCCGAAAGCUUGAGGUCUGGGGCAGGCACCUUGAUCAAGGAAAUACUGAUGCCUUUGAGAAUCUGAGUGAAACUUCUGAAACCAGUACUUCUGGAGCCACCCCAGUGAUCCCAUGUAUCAAACAGCACAUCUCUAAGUUGACAGAAUUGUUUCAAAAAUACUUUCCAAACAACAGCGUCCAGUAUGACUGGAUUAUUGAUCUAUUCAAUACAUCAGAACCUGCAGAUAUCAGCUCUGCAGAAGUGGACCAAUUCAUUGAGAUGACGAGCGACUCCACAUUUAGGCUGAGGUUUCCAGUUCAGUGA